AUGGGAAAGGACAAGACGGCGGCCCUGGAGCAUGCAAAGAAGGUGACGACGACGACAAAGGGCAAGAAGAUGGCUCGGGGGACGUCAUCACGGUCCGAUCUGUCGCCAGGCUGGAUCCAGGGAGAUUGGAUCCGCUCUACUAUUGAGAGGGAUGAUCUAGAGAAGCUCGUCAAGGACGGCUUGAUUGCUGACAAGUCCUGGAGGUUGCCGGAGGGGGAGUCAGAGCCUCAGCCGCGCGAGGACGAGCGUGUCCUCCUCGCCACCCAUAUCUACACCAAGAUGUAUUCGAUGCCAAACGGAGAACAGUUCCAGGAAGGAGAGGAGAGCACAGACGAGAGUGGUGAUUGGCAAUCGUCGGGCGACGACGAUGAUGACAGCGAUGACUCGGAAUGCAGUGAGAUGGCUGACUCACCGCCCUGCUCAGAACGUCGAACCAAACAACCUCAAGAUCCUUCAGGUGGACGCGGCAAAGCAGCUCCUCCAAGUGCACAAGGGCAAAAGCGCACUCGGACUUCAUCUCCAGGACCAUCUAAAGAAACUGCUAAGCAACCCAAAGUCGCCCCAACGAAGCCUCGGAAGGCUUUUCCCAAGAUCAAGGCUGCUACUUCUGGGACCUCCAUGGACCUUUAUAAGGAUGGAGAUGAUGAGGAAACUGAAGAUGCGGCCACCUCCAAAGCGGAUCCUCUGGCUGACUCGACCAUUCCACCAGCUCCACUCUUUGUUACUCAUCAUGUCCCAGAAGACCAGGUAAGCGCUGCUAAGGAAGCUAUACGCCAAGCAGGCCUUAAGAUGGAGCAGAUGAAGGUGGUGCGCGAGGCCAGCCAGGCUGCUUAUGAUGCGAGCUCAACUCUCCAGACCAACGUCCAGAAAUCUUGUGAGCUCGGGGCUCAGUUUGCUAAAUUGGAGAGGAAGCAGAUUCAGCUCAACCUUGAUCUGGAACUGGCCAAGCAGAAUUUGCAGAAAGCCAAGGAUGAAGCAGCUGCCAUGGGAGACAAAAUGAAGCAGGCUCUGGAGCAGAAGGACCUCAACCUUGCCGCAGCGCAGAAGACGACGCGAGAAAGAACUGAACUUGCAGACAAGAAGCUGGCUUCAGUCGGCAAGUUAGAAGAAGAAAACGCCAAGUUGAAGACUGCCAUUAACGAAGCCAACAAAGAAGUCGUGCAACUGAAGAAGGACAAGGUGGCCUUGACUGACAAGGUGGGAGAUCUCGCUUGGAAGAGGGAUGAACUGGAGGUUUAUCUGGGAGGACUCAUCAAGAAGAUGUUCCUUAUGCUUGAAGAAUUCUGUCAAAACUUCGAGGAAGAGACUGAGCGGUUUGAGACGAAUCUGGAUCCCAUCAACUCCCCUGUCAAGGACGAAGCUGCGAUGAACAUGCUACGCCUGGAAUCUCACCUCGCCAGCGUUACGGAUUAUCUUGCACGACUGAAGGUGGCAGUGACACGGAGCUCUGGCCACGUGUGA